AUGUGCGACCCGAUGCCAAAAGGGUCAAAGACGCGCUUGUUUGCGGUGGUGAAAUCAGCUCAGCCACGAAAGGGAGACUGAUCAAACCAGUACCCGCAAUUCUGAUUGGAAUCACGAACAGGGAAAAAGCAAGGAUCGAAUGGCGAAAAAGGGAGAAGAAGAAGUGGUGGUGGGAGUUCCGUAUUAUGCCUAUUCCGCCGGAAACCCUCAUCAAGCUGGCGUCAUCCCUCCCAAUGCUUUCGUCGGCGACCCCAAGGGCGUACCCAUCCACCAAACCAUGUACCGCGACACUCCUGCUCCUUUCAACUGCGUUCACUGUUCUAACACUGGCCUCACUACUGUCAGGUCAAAACCAAGUCUGGCAGCAGUAGUUGGUUGCAUGAUGCCAUUUAUGCUUGGAGUUUGCUUUCUUUGCCCUUCAAUGGACUGCCUUUGGCAUAAAUAUCACUACUGUCCUCAAUGCCAGCGAAAGGUUGCAGAUUUCGAGAAAACAGAUCCCUGUGCUGUGAUGGAUCCUCCCAACUGGACGCAGCAGAGCUUUGCUUUAUCUGCAUGAUGCCAUAAUGUGAUGAGUCUGUUACCCGCAAAUUGACUUGAACUAUUUGCAGGAUUAGCUGUGUUUUCUAUUACUGGUAGUAUCCUCCACAACUGGCUUUACAUGUAUUGCCAAUUUGUCUGCAUAAUGCUUUUUUGACAUGUAUAUUACGCAGUUGUUAUGUGUAACGCCUAACUCCUAUAUACUAAAAAGGUCAAUAAAAUUAAAUGUGAACCACUAAAAA